AUGGCGUCCACUGUGGCUCCUGUGACAGCGGAAAGCAGGCCGGCGUUCUCCAUUGAGCGGAUUCUGGGUUUGGAGCUGGAAAGACCUGGAACCUGCCUGAAACUCCACCGACCGUGGGCAGAGAUCGGAGCAGAGAAGGAGAACAGAAACAGUUUGUGCUCAAAACCACAUCAUCAUCCUCAGCAGCUGAACUCUGCUAGGCCGACAUCCAACUGGUAUAUCGGACGCAGACCACGCACUGCCUUCACCACCAGCCAGGUGAAUGUUCUGGAGACAGUGUUUCAGGUGAACUGUUACCCAGGUAUCCAGCUGAGGGAGCAGCUGGCAGGCAGACUGGACCUGGACGAGGACAGAAUACAGAUCUGGUUUCAGAACCGGCGAGCCAAGCUGCGGCGUUCCCUCAGAGAAACCCGUCUGCAGCUGGUUCAGACGGCCGUGGCGGAUCUCGGGGUCAGACAUGAGGUCAUAGGUCACCUGAAGGCUGAGCGGGAUGCGGGAGCUGACCUGGAGCUCGCUCAGCGGCUCGCCUCUCGUCUACAGCUUGAGGUGGAGGAGGAGGAGGAG